GUUGGAGCAGUGGACUUUGGACCAGGUGUGGAUUAAAUUAAAUGGAUACAAUUAAAUAAAACAUAAGGAAUGAAACGCACGGCUGGCAUUAUGAGGAAACAGUGAGCGUAGGAGACCAUUGAGAUUAUUGAACUAAGGCCACUAAAUAAAGAAAUUCAUAGUUUUCGAGCCACCCUGUGUAUGACGCAGUUACACAACAAAAUUCUUGGCACAGACGCGUAGGCGCCCAAAACUGGCAGGGACGAAUUAUUCCUAACAAAAAACGCAUCGUACCCCACGAUCCACUCUACGCUCUGGAGCUGCUCACACACCAAAUACAAAAAGCUGUUCAGGGGCGCAGGUUGGCGUGACUUGCUGGGAAAUUUAUUUUAUUUUCGGCAAGGCACGCGCAUACAAGCGUUCUUAUCAGUUGAUUGACGCUGUCAUGGUCCUCACGGCGUCCACUUGCCGCACGGAGGCGGUUUUCGAUUACAGCUGGAAGAAUGUUGUAGCUGCUUACUGGAACCGCUAUCCAAAUCCAUCCAGCUCGCACGUCCUCACCGAAGACACCAUUAAACGGGAGGUGCGGGACGGCAAAUUAUACUCCCGGCGGCUGCUCUCAAAGACAAAUCCGGUGCCUAAAUGGGGGUCUCGAUUCUACAACAAUGUGCCGGUCAAGAUUGUUGAGGAUUCGGUGCUGGAUCCGGUUGCGAAGACGUUCACCACAUUCACCCGCAACCUGGGCAUGAAGAAGAUAAUGAAAGUCGAUGAAAUCGUUACCUACACCGAGCAGAAUGAUGGAAGGACUCUGGCCGUUCGUCGGGCCUACAUCAGCUCACAAGUCUUUGGAUUCUCGCGUGCCAUUCGGGCCUUCGGCAUUGAGCGAUUCAAGUCGAACAGCAACAAGGCUUCCAAUGGCUUUGACUAUGUCCUUCGCCGAAUGUUCCCGAAAAGUCAAUCCAGUGUUCUCCAUUCAGCUUCCCCAGCAGCGGGGGCGACAGGAACGUUUGCAGCCCAGCAGAUCGAUCUAUCCGCUGCCACAGCAGCGGUGGCCGUCCCAAAUCACAACAGCAGGAUAAAGAGUGUCACCAGGAUUGGCUAUGACUACAUUAAAUGUCAUGCUAACAAGAUUGCGCAACUGUUUUCAGUUCGAAAUUGAAUCGCAAUUAUACUUCUGGAAUGCUCAUGAAUAUGCAUGGGAACUCUUCAUUUUGGGUCGAUUUCUGGAUUCUACUUCGGGUCAGUGUUGUGGAGACUGGAGACUUAGCUGGCUGUAAUUAUAUGUAUUCCAAACAAAACAAA